CAUCCUGUGGGGGUCGGUGCUGCUGGCGGUGCUCGUCGUCCUGCUGCCGAGCUCUGCCGCCGCGAGGGUUGCGCCGCUGAAGGCUGUGCACCGGCGCCUGAGAAAAGCCGCCCGCCACUGCCUGCGCAUGUCCACCGAGGGGCCGUUCUACCGCCUCAUCGUCUGGUGCGGCCGGAAGCUCUGCCUCGGGCGCUUAUCCUCGCGCUGCCUGGCGCCCUGUGCGCUGAAGCCCGUCGCGUCCGGGCGCAGCGAGGCGCUGCUGACGUUCACGCCGCAGCUGCCGGCGUGGAACCUGUUCCACGAGGAGGACUACGUCCUCGCCUGGCGCAGGCCGCUGGAGGGCCCUGGCGGGCGUGCGCCGGAGUGGCAGGAGAAGGUCUGCGUCCGCCGCGACGACUGCGAGGAGCUGAGCGGCGGCAAGCUGAGGGUCUUCCUGGCCAGCCUGCCCGAGUUCGCGUGGGUGACCAUCCGCAUCUGCGCGGUGAACGCGCACGGCAGGGGCCCCUGGAGCCAGGAGGUCCGGGUGGAGACACUGGCCAGGCCGACGGACGCGGGCGGCUUCACAGGCCCCCUCGGCCCUGGGGCGGCUGGCGGAGCCCGCGCCCGCUACAGCUGGGAGCAGAGCCAGAAGGAGGUCAGUCUCAGGGUGCCCAUCGGAGACGCCAAGGCAAAGGACCUCAGGUUCAAGGCCUACCCAACGAGGCUGGAGAUCCUCCUGGUCGGCGCGAACGGCUCCGCCGAAGAGCUGCUCGUGGGGCCCCUCGCCAAGAGGAUACGGAGCGACGACACCACCUGGUGCAUCGCGGAGAGCGAGGCGGAGGGCCGGCACAUCGACGCCCAGCUGGUGAAGGCGGAGGCCCUGACGAAGUGGCCCUGCCUCAUCGAUGCCGACGGGCACCCCCGCGUGGACACCAGGGACAUCAGCUUCUUCGUCGGCAAGGACGGGCUGGGGGGCAUGACAGACCUCUCCAGCCUCGACCUCUACGAGUGA